GAACUGGAGAAACGUCAAAGUUGAAAGUGACAUUAGACAUGUAAGCACGAUCCGUCUCGGCGUAAAGUGGUAAGUGUUCAAAUCUCGAGCACGAGUUUAAUCUAGUGCUAUAUCAACGGUCGAAUAAUGGAGGACGAAGAGGAUUGUGUCGUCGAAGAGAUUCCAGUGUUCCUGGCAAAAGGGUUGCAGGACAACGUGUGCAUUUUUCAGUACCCUAGCAAGACAAACCAAACGAAUUUCGAUACGGCCCGGGUAUUGAAUUGUUGUGUGAAACCGAUGAACCAGGAAGUGAAAAUAGAUUUCGCCUUGGACACAGAUUCGAAAUUCUAUGACAGCUUCAAAGGAGAGCAGCUUGCAAUGGCAGCAGAUGGAAAGGGGACAAGCAAAGCAGACCGACCAAGCUUCCGAAGUGGUAUUAUGGAUAAAUUGUCUUACGUUAGUUCGAAAUCCUUGGACGACGUGAACAAGUAUGUAGUGGGCAUUCUGCAGGAUGGCGAAGUUCACAUGACUACUCUGAAAUCAGUGCUACAACUGCGACCGAAUUUUUCAUACUUUGACAAAGAGGACAAACGCACCAAGGCAGAACAAAAAGCUGCUAAUGAUGAAAUGGACGACGAAGAAGUUCAGCAAGUGACAGUGAAAUUCUCACGCAACGAUAACGAUCGAGUGAAGAAGGCUCGCGAGAAGACGUAUGACUAUUUCAUAAAAAAAUCAGCCGAAGAGCCUUGGUGCGAAACACUUUGGUGUUCGAAAGACUCCACUACAGCUGAACUCGAGAAACAAAAACUAUUCGCAUCACGCACUGAAUCAACAGGUCAUGCGCUGGGACUCAACUCUGAACAAUAUCUGGAUAAAUUACUUUCACAUGAAAGAUCGGAGGCAGAUAUUGAAAGUAUAUUGCCCAGUAAAGUAAUCAGUAAAUCUAAACUUAAGACCCUGGCGUUAACGGAUCAGAUCCAGACUAUACUCAAAGACACAAAAAUGAUCACAUUUGCUGGUUUGAUGUCUAUUUUGGAAUCGUGCGAUAAAAACAUUACGGCUGAAAAGGUACUUCGUACCUUACCACUAGUUGGUGUUCUACUCCACGGCAAUUGGGUAGCACAAUCAGAGGUGUUAUAUCCUCCAAAAAGCGUAUCUAACACGAAUGGCGUGCCUGAUGAGCUGAUGGUUCGCGCUAGGGAUUACAUAUUAUACAAAUUCAGUAAACAGGACUAUUUGAAUCGUCGGAAAGUCAUAAUUUCGACGCAAUUGCCAUAUGAAGAGGUCUCAGAAAUACUUCAGUCUGUAGCUCGUCUCAAUGUGGAGAAAAAGUGGGAGUUGCUCCUACCACCUGACCACACGUUUGAAGCACGGUACCCGGAUUUGGUACAGCGACAGGAGAUGAUGUGGCGAGCGAGAGAGAACGCCUUUAAUGAAAUGGAUUACGAGAAAUCACCGAAGCGAGUGCGGAAGCGAUCUCUACGUGAGCCGAAAAUUGAAAAACCGUAGAAUUGUUUUUAUGUUUUUGAUAGACGCUACGACAAAAAUAAAUCGAAAUUUUUUUAU